CCCGCUCUCUCUCUCUCUCUCUCUCGUCAAUUUGUGCUUCACAAUGCAGAAGCUUGAAUUUCUGUUGCUGCUAGUUCUUGCAACCUGCUGCACUACUUUUUCCAUUCGUGAUGGUUUACUUCCCAAUGGUAACUUUGAGCUUGGCCCUGAACCAUCGCAGAUGAAGGGCACAGAAGUCAUGGCUCGCAAUGCCAUACCCAAAUGGACAAUUUCUGGUUUCGUUGAGUACAUAAAAGCAGGCCAGAAACAAGGUGACAUGAUGCUCCUUGUGCCUGAAGGAUCCACUGCUGUGAGGCUUGGGAAUGAAGCUUCCGUCAAGCAAAAGUUGAAGCUUGUGAAGGGAAUGUUCUACGCCAUAACUUUCAGUGCAGGUCGUACAUGUGCACAAGAGGAGAAGAUCAAUGUGUCUGUUACACCCACAAGUGAGAAGAGUGAUUGGGGUGCGUUUCCAAUCCAGACAGUGUAUAGCAGCAAGGGAUGGGACUAUUAUGCUUGUGGGUUCAGAGCAGAUUACCCAGAAGUUGAGAUUAUGAUCCAUAAUCCUGGUGUGGAGGAAGAUCCUGCUUGUGGACCCAUUAUUGACUCUGUUGCCAUCAAGGCCUUGAAUCCUCCAAGAAGAACAAAUGUAAACCUGCUGAAAAAUGGUAACUUUGAGGAAGGUCCAUAUGUAUUGCCAAAGGCAGAUGUUGGGGUUCUGUUGCCACCCAAUAUUGAGGAUGCUCACAGCCCAUUACCAGGAUGGAUAAUAGAGUCUCUCAAGUCUGUGAAGUACAUAGACUCUGAUCACUUCUUUGUGCCUAAGGGCAAAAGAGCCAUUGAACUUGUUGCAGGGAGAGAGAGUGCCAUCGCGCAAGUGGUCAGAACACAGAUUGGCAAGACUUAUGUGCUGUCAUUUGCUGUGGGUGAUGCUAACAACGCUUGUGAAGGUUCCAUGACAGUGGAGGCAUUUGCAGGCAAAGAAACUGUGAAGGUUUCUUAUGAUUCUAAAGGCAAAGGAGGGUUCACAAGAGGGAAGCUUCGGUUCAAGGCUGUAUCAUCUCGCACUCGCAUUACCUUCUUUAGCACAUUUUAUAGUGUGAAGACUGAUGGCUCUCUCUGUGGACCUGUUCUUGAUGAUGUCACAUUGUUGGGUGUUCGUUAUCCUUGAUUGGAUUGAUUGUGAAUUAUGCUGAGAUUGUGCAUUGUAAUUGCAAAUCCACCACAUCACCAAAUUAAUUCAAAUUAGGAAGCCAUGUGUAACUUCAAAAGUUGAUUGGUCAUACAAUUAUCCAUUUCUUUACUUUAAA